AUGAUCUCGAGAGCAGCCCUCGCGCGCAACGCGCAGCAGGCCGUCCGCCGGUCCUGGGCGGCUCGCCCUGCGCAGCAACGAACCUUGGCUUCCGCUGCAUCCUCGUCUGGCGCCUUUGAGACUUCCGACGGCUCGGGCCUCAAGGUUGCUUCGCGUGAUUCUCACGGCCCUACGACCAAGCUCGCUAUUGUUGCCAAGGCUGGUACACGCUUCCAGCCGCUGCCUGGACUGACCGUCGGUCUUGAGGAGUACGCGUUCAAGAACACCCAACGCCGAACUGCUCUCCGAAUCACCCGCGAGUCCGAGCUUUUGGGUGGCCAAUUGGCCUCCUCGCACACUCGCGAGGCCCUCAUCCUCGAGGCCAGCUUCCUCCGCGAUGACCUCCCUUACUUUGCCGAGCUCCUGGCCGAGGUGGUCUCCAUGACCAAGUACACCACUCACGAGUUCCACGAGGAGAUUGAGCCCGUUCUGCGCAUCAAGCAGAACAACUUCUACAACAACGUUGCUGCCCUCGCCCUCGACAACGCCCACUCGGUUGCUUUCCACACUGGCCUGGGUUCCUCCGUCUACCCCACCCCUUCGACGCCUUCCAAGAAGUACCUGAAUGAGGAGUACAUUGCUAGCUUCGCCGACGCUGUCUACACCAAGCCUUCUCUUGCCCUUGUCGCCGACGGCGCCAGCUCGCAGGACGUGUCCAAGUGGGUCGGCCAGUUCUUCAAUGACGUGCAGUCCUCUGCCCAGUCUGGCCAGAAGUUUGACGCUACCGCGACCAAGUACUACGGUGGUGAGCAGCGCACAACCCACACCGGUGGUAAUGCCAUGGUCAUUGCUUUCCCUGGUUCCGCCUACACUGCGCCCAAGCCCGAGGUCGCUGUCCUGGCCGCUCUCCUCGGCGGCAAGUCCACCAUCAAGUGGUCGACCGGCUACAGCCUGCUCUCCAAGGCCACUUCGGACGUGGUUGGCCUCAACGUGUCUGCUUCCAACAUUCCUUACUCUGAUGCCGGCCUUCUGGCCGUCCAGCUGUCCGGCCCGGCUGCCUCGGUUCGUGCCGGUGCCGAGGCUACCGUCAAGUCUCUGGAGAGCAUUGCCAACGGCUCCGUUCCCAAGGAGGAGGUUGCCAAGGCGGUCGCCAACGCCAAGUUCAACGCUCUCGACGCUACACAGCUCCGCGAGCCUAGCCUCCACCUUGUUGGCUCCGGCAUUGUCAACACUGGCAAGGCCUAUGAGCCCGCCAGCCUUGUUCAAGGAAUCGAGAAGGUCUCUGCUGAGAGCCUGAAGAAUGCUGCCAAGGCUCUCCUCGAGGGCAAGGCCUCCGUCUCGUCCGUCGGUGACCUCUUCUUGUUGCCUUACGCUGAGCAGCUUGGUCUGCGGGUAUAG